AUGCGUUGGCGGAUUAGUGCUUUUCUUGGCUUGGCCUUAGUUUGCCUCCCGCUGGUAUGGAGCUUAUGUCCAUCUCAGUGCAGCUGCUUCUUCCAUAAACUAAGUGACGGGUCAAAGGCCAGGAGUGUCAUUUGCAAUGAUCCAGAAAUCUCAGUGGUCCCUGCAAAUUUUCCACUGGAUACUUCCAAACUCCGAAUUGAAAAGACGGGAAUCAGGAAGAUAGCAAGUGAGACUUUCCAUUAUCUGAACAAUCUGGAAUUCUUGUGGAUGUCUUUUAAUGCACUAUCCUCAUUAUAUCCGGACAGUUUCCGUGGCUUAUCCGGCCUUGACGAGCUGCGUCUGGAUGGAAACGCCCUUACGUCCUUUCCUUGGAAAUCACUCUCUGACAUGCCCAAUCUUCGACUUCUUGACAUACACAACAACAAAAUCGCCUCAGUCCCAGCAGAGGCGGCAAUUUACAUUAAAAACCUGACAUAUCUGGAUCUGUCCAGCAACAACUUGGUAACUGUGCCCUUGGAGGUUCUGUCAAUGUGGUUAACUGUAACACCCACUCAGGAUGCAGAGAAUUCCAGAAUGAUCCUAGGUCUUCAUGAUAAUCCCUGGGUUUGUGACUGCCGGCUGUACGAGCUGGUCCAGUUCCAGAAGCCCCCAUCUCCACCUGUAGCCUUCAUAGACACCAGGCUGAGGUGCGCCGCGCCCGAGAGCCUCUCGGGGGUGCUGUUCAGCGAUGCCGAACUCAGGCGCUGCCAGGGGCCCCGGGUGCACACCGCCGUGGCCCGCGUGAAGAGCGCCGUCGGCAAUAAUGUCCUGCUGCGCUGCGGCACCGUCGGCAUGCCCAUACCAGACCUGUCCUGGAGUAGGACUGAUGGCAAGCAAGUGAACGGGACGGUUCAACAAGAGGUUUCAAAGGAGGGCAUUAUCUGGUCCAUUUUAAGUGUUCCUGCCGUUUCAUACCGUGACUCUGGGAAAUACAUUUGCAAAGCAACAAACUUUAUCGGAAGUGCGGAUGCCAUUAUCUCACUGAUCAUAGCGGAUGCCAUAAAGUUGGACAAUGAAACGAGUAGUACUAAACGAUCAAGGGGGAAAAGACCAGAAGGACUGGAAAAUCCUGGUUACCAGGAGAAACUCGUGGCAAGGGGCUCUGGCCCAGCGGCCGCCAAUAAGGGGUCUAGUAUGGAAUCAUACGGCUUCACUGGACCAUACCCUAACAUUGAGAGCCUCUCAGAUGGCACCACAGAGGAACAGAUGCUCGGAGCAACCAGCAUGGAGAAGUUGCUGGAUGUGGAGAAGACCCUGCUGAGCAACCUGACUGCAAAUGCUUCAUCACAGCAGCAAGACCCAGACAAGCGAGUGGUGAGAUCAGUAAAGGUGAUCGGGGACACUGACCACACAGUGUCCCUGAACUGGAGGGCCCCCACCGCCAGAAACACCACAGUGUUCAGCGUGCUCUACGCUGUUUUUGGAGAGCGGGACAUGCGGCAGAUUAACGUCAGCCCGGGAAAGAACAGGAUCACCAUCGAGGGGCUGAAGCCAAAGACAAAGUACAUUGCCUGCGUGUGUGUAAAGGGGCUGAUCCCAAAAAAGGAGCAGUGCGUAAUCUUCUCAACAGAUGAGGCAGCCAGUGCCAGUGGCACCCAAAAGCUCAUUAACGUAGUUGUGAUCACUGUUGCCUGCGUGAUCGCCGUUCCUCUGACUUUGAUCGUCUGCUGCGGGGCACUGAAGAGGCGCCUCAAGAAACUCCUGGGUAGAAACUCAAAAGACGUCCAGGACUCAUACAUCACCUUUGAGACACUGUCCCCGGCAACGAAUGCGAAGGGCCUGGAGGGAGAGUACCUGACAAGGCUGAACCUUGAUGAGUCCAAUCGACUCCUCUCAGCCAGGUCAAGUGUGGACUCAGAGGCAACUGUCAGAGCGGAGGGACAGCCGAAUGAGUACUUCUGCUGA